UAUUUUCAAAAAGCUCACAGCUAAGAACAGAGAAACAGCUUUCAUCGCUUGAAAUAAGGUUAAUAAAUAUUGGAUACAUGGGAGAAAAUAACGUACAUGUAUUGGUCCUGGAUAUUCUGGCUGAUGAGAAUGCUACUGGACAUGUCGAAGAUGAUGUUGCUGAGAAGUAUGAGGCCAAAUUGGAAAAACGUUAAGUGCAAGGUGUUCACAGGGGGUCUCACAAACAAGCUUAUUGGCUGUUACAAUAAGGGUGCUAAAGAUGAUAUGGUACUUGUGAAAAUCUAUGGCAAUGGAACUGAAUCUUUUAUCGAUAGGGAUAAAGAGUUACAUUAUAUGAAACUUCUACAUAAUAAAGGAUGUGCUCCACCUAUCUAUGCAAGGUUUCACAAUGGUAUCUGUUAUGGCUAUAUACCCAGGAAGUGCAUAAAUGAGAAAAUGGUCAGAGACAAACAUAUAGGAAGAUUGAUAGGACAUGAGAUGGCAAAGAUCCAUAGUAUACAGGAAAUAUCUAAAUGUGAAGGGCAAAAUAAAAUGAGACAAGAACCUAUGCUUUUUCACCAACUUGAAAAAUACCUGUGUCUUAUUCCUGAAGGCUUUGCUGAUGACCAGGAGAAAAACAAAAGAUAUAAAAUAGGAAUGAAAUACAGACAAGAAGAUUUCAGAGCGGAAUUUGAGAGAUUGAAAACCCACUUAAAGACACUGGAUUCACCUGUAGUACUAUGCCACAAUGAUGUCUUGCUCAGAAAUAUAAUUUACAACAAAGACAAUGAAAAAAUAACUUUCAUAGACUAUGAAUACACAGACUAUAACUACCAAGCCUUUGAUAUUGGAAACCACUUUAAUAGAUUUUCAGAUCCAAAUAAGAUUGACUUUUCCCUCUACCCCACCAAAACAUUCCAGUUAUCAUGGUUACGAGAAUACCUUGUAGCAUGGUACUAUUUACAGGGACUGCACAAAAUACCAACUAAUAGAGAUAUUGACAUAUUAUAUGUUCAAGUUAGGAAAUUCUCACUGGCAUCUCACUUCUUUUGGGGUGUCUGGGCAAUCGUCCAAACAAGGUUAUCGAACAUAGACUUUGACUUUCUGGGGUAUGCCAUACUGCUUCUCAAUGAAUAUGACCGAAUGAGAGAUGAUAUACUCGCAAUGCCCCUACCAGACUGAAACACUUUGAUAAACACUAUAACUCAAUGAUAGUGGAAUUUCUAGUGAUCUGAUUCACCAAUGGGAUGUAAAUACACCGAUUUCAACAUUGACUGAUAGCCAGGUGCUAAAGAAUAUAAUACUACUGGGAUCAGCCUAGGCCCUGUCACUUGUUUGUAUACUCAUUGUGAAUACUAUACAAUAAA